AGAUAAAUCAAAAGUAUGUCACAAAACUUCAAUUAGCAAUUAUCCCGCUAGUCUUUGUCACAUUAUCAUUAUUGGCUCUAUGAUUAUUUUAUUAUUAGACAAAGACACUCGGAUGAAGGUGGGAGAGCAGCGCCCAUGCUGAGAUUAAUAAAGAACCCGAGAUGCACGUGUUUGAGCACACAGCUGGGUCGGUGCCAUGGUUACUGACAACGCAGCUUUGGACGCCUGGAGAUGUAUGAGUAGGUUACCCUGCUCUGCUCCGGGCAACAACACAGUGGCAGGCGCGCACGAAUGCGCUCGCGGGCAUGCGCACACGCGUUACUAAGAGGUCGCCCCAUGUUUACGCUCUGUGUUUACUUCACAUUAACCUCCGUGUUUUCACCAGAGAUGAGCGUGGGUGUUAUUUGGUUUUGGAAAGAUCGGGAAUUUGCAAGUUUGUUCGUUUCACUAAUUAUUUGUCACAUAAGAACAACCCCACGUAUCAGCCUGUAUUCCACUUGUUACAGCAACACAAGCUCGAGCUACGAAGUUUUAGAGACCAAUAAUGUCAGAUGCACAAAACGCUGCUGUAGUCAACUAAUGCUUCUGUGGAUCUGUCUGUCUCUCUGUCUGUCCCUACGCUCGUGCGCUUUUCCCUCCGCCACAUUCCGCGCACGAAUCACGUUUCAGCAACCUGGUCAAAAUCGUUUGGACUACAUCGCUAUAGGAACGGCGGCUGUAACACACAGAAGGUCUAAUUACCGGACUUUGUGCUGGUGCAGGCUACACGUGAGUCGGAAGCUGUUCCCCCACCGGAGGCGCGCGUGCGCUCUAACCACAGCACCGACGGCUUUGCAAAGUGGCAGCUCAGGGAACUAUAGACAUCAGUCUGAAGCGCAGCUCCACUGGAGGACACGCACCGUGCAUCAUCUCCCCUCAGCCGUCCGUGUGUGUGGAUCGCAGAAUAACAAACAUUCCCCAAAGAAGCUCAGGAGCGGAUAACCAGCAGCGGAGAAGAGAUGGAUGAAAGAAUACCGCAUUUACAGGACAGGCAGUUCAUGGAGCACGCAGAUUUCUUGGGGGUGGAUUACCCCUCUCUCUACAUGUGCAAAUCCAAAAGAGGAAUAAAACGAGAGGAUGGUGGGAAGGACGCGUACAAGUUACCACACCGGUUGAUAGAGAAGAAGAGGAGAGACAGAAUCAACGAAUGUAUUGGGCAGCUGAAGGAUUUGUUGCCCGAGCAUCUGAAGCUGUCGACGCUCGGGCAUUUGGAGAAAGCAGUUGUCCUGGAGUUAACAUUGAAACAUUUAAACGCGCUGACUGCUGUCACUGAGCAGCAGCACCAAAAGAUUAUUGCUUUGCAGAAUGGGGACCGGUCGAUGAAAUCUUCCAUUCGUGCGGAUCUGGACGCGUUCCACUCCGGGUUCCAGGCCUGUGCCAAAGAGGUCCUGCAGUACCUGAGUCAGUUUGAGAACUGGACGACGCGAGAGCAGAGGUGUGCGCAGCUCAUCAACCACCUUCACAAGGUGUUGGCGCAGUUCCAGCCCGGCGCGCCGCCGCUGCUCCAGCACCAGCUACCCGCCGGGGACGCACAGGAUGGGCAGAAAGCUGACAGCCAGGCCAACUGCGUCCCGGUCAUCCAGAGGACCCAAGGCGGGGAGCUUAACGAGAACGACACAGACACGGACAGUGGAUACGGGGGAGAGGCUGAAAAGAGCGACGGCAAAGAUAAAGAAUGUGAGCGCAAUAAGGCGCAGGGACAAAAGGCGGUGAAGAUCAAGCAAGAGUUUGGAGAUGAACGCGCUGCCAAGAAACCAAAGAUGAACUGGCCUGGGAACGGGUUAGGGGGCGCGGAUCCCACCAGGCCUGAUCUGGCGUUAAUGAACUCUUUGAUGGGAAUAAGCAGUGUGGGACAGCAGACACCGAUUUGCAUGCCUUUCUACUUCAUCAACCCCUCUGCCGCGGCGUCUUAUAUGCCUUUAUUCGAUAAAAGCAACAUUGAAAAGUACAUGUACCCGGCGGCGGCCGCUCUUGCGUCCCCAUUCCCCUGGCUAUACCCUGCACAUGCGUCAGCAGCGGCGGCCGCAGCCGCUGCCGCCGCCUUCCCCGGCUUGUCUGCGCACUUCGGAGCCUCUUCUCAGUCCAAGGACUCCCACUCUCCAGACAGCGACGAGCCACACGAGGCUGAGGAAGGCUCACCUGAGGAGCGCGAGGAAAGUCUCGCGAGUGACGACGGGGAGGGUGACGUAGCUGAUACGCCCCAGGAGAACAAGAGCACCCCACAUGAUCAGUUUUCUGCUUGUCAAACGAGCUAAUUUGUCUGUGUUACCUUUCUGUGCAUUCUGCUGAGAAAUUUAUGUAUUUUAUUUUUUAAAUUAGGCUAGUUUUAAAACGAGGUUUCACAGAGGAGUUUCUCGUACAAGAUCUUGGAAACAGGGGACAGUUGUGACGGCGUGUGCCUUUUGCACUCAUGCUAGAUUAAUCAAUCUGAAUGAUUAUCGACAAUGAUUGACGCUAGUACACGGCUGUGUUGUGCUGGAUUUAGUUUUUUAUCCUCUUUGAUAAAAGUAUUUUGAAAUGGCAGCAUUGGUGCCAAAACUUUGAGUACUACGAUAGUGCGCAAUAUCCCAAUCAGCGAGUCUCUUUGGAUGUAUGAAGUUGCAACUGACCUCUGCCAAGGUUAUUAAAAGCUUGGCUGACUGUAAAUAUUAUUACCUGGGAGACAGUGUGGUUCAUUAACAUGUAAAUGUGCACUAAAUGGGCCUAUAAAAGAAGUGCUCCUGGAAGUGUAACGCCUACAGUACCUCAUUCCCAACUUUGCAUGGGAUAGGCUUAUUGGGAGGCACAUUGUCCUUCCUGAGAGGAAAUGAAUGGUAACCCCCCCCCCCCCCCCCCCCCCCCAAUCAUUAACAACAAAUACAUAAAUCAGCUACUCUAACAAUCGCACAUUGAUGAUAAUGAGAUAAAUGGACAGGUAUUAUGCCGGAUUUCCCUCAUCUCAUCUUUACAGUUUGCUCUGGUUUCCUUUAUCUGUUUGUUGUUGUGAGAAAAGAAAAAAAAAACAAUCAUAAAGAUGAAACCUUUCAUUCACAAGGGGGCUGCUUGACCAGCAUAUAGUGCAUCCCCCUGAAUGAGGCAUUUCUGCAAAGAUGCAGUGACCUCCUGUACCUCCAGGAAACAUUGUAGGAUAGCACCUUAUAGAUCUUUGAUAUUGAAUGUACCUGUAUUUUCCCAGCUGUUAAAAAGUUUGUACCUAGGAUCUUUACUCUUUGAGAUGUAAAGUGCACUUUUUCUGCUUUGACACCCCCCAAACCCCCUCCCACCCAAACCGUCACCUUAUCAUUUUGAAAGUCAAUCACUGUAGUUCUCUUUGAACCUUUUUAUUGCAUUGAGUUAUUUUGAAGUUUAAGAAAAGUGUUUAAAAAUUUUAUUUUACAAGGGGGAGCAGAGACACCACAUUCUUUGUGAUGAUUUCAUUCACAAUUUUAAGAAAACUAGGCUCAUUUCAUACGACACAUCAUAAUCAGAUUUGAAAACCCCUAGACCCAAUUACAUGCCAGACUAUCCCUGAUUCUGUGUUAUAUUCUAUCAUUAUGUAAAGCCUCGCUUUUCAAAUAUUUGACAAAGGUGGGAAAGAUACUGUGGUCACGUGACCAUCAGUUAUGAUCACUGCUGUUUUAGGAACUUUAUCUUGGCCUGUUUUCUAAGAGAUUAAUUCCUGCAAGUGUAGUGUUGUUCAGCUUUUUUAAGUUUCACAUGUGACUGAAUAAACAGAUGAUUUUCAUGGUAUUUUGCAUACAUGACAUUGCUUUUGUAGUUUUCUUCAGCUGGUUUUGCCUCAAAUCUGUUAUCAACUGUUAUAUAAAGUGGCAUGUGUGUCUGUAAAUAGUUUUUGUGAAUAUAUCAUUAAGUAUACAUGUCUAUGUCAAUGUUGUAGAAGUCUAUGGAUUUUUUAAAAAGAUUUAACUGAGCAACUGUUGCACAUUUCGUUAAUGCUUUACACAUAUGCUGUUCUAAAUUAUUGCUGAUGAGUUGUAAAAUAAAUAUCAAAACUAAA